ACUUGUCAGUGUCGCGGAAAGCCGGGAGUCUAGUGCCGGACGGCGAGCCUCAGCUCCGUACUCUCCUUGCGACUCCUCAGAUUUUAGAGUUAAAUGGGAGAAGAUGAGAACAGAAUAAUGACAGUACAGAGUUGCUGUGAGAAAACACUGGAGAAGACGCUAACCUCGUCUUUAGGGGAGUCCGGGAAAGAAGAGUAGAAAUUAGGCACUGAAGCUCAGCCAGACCCUAGCAGGACCCAUAAGCCAUAUUAAGGAGUUUGGAUUAUGCUAAUCAGGAGGAGUGAAUGAUUACUCAGGAAAAAGAAAUGGAAGGCCUGCCUGAUGCUGCUGCUUUUGCAACUAAACUUAAAAAUACUCUGAUCCAGUACCAUAGCAUUGAAGAUGAUAAGUGGAGAGUUGUUAAGAAAACGAAAGAUGUAACAAUUUGGAGAAAGCCUUCAGAAGAAUUUAAUGGACAUCUCUUCAAAGCCCAAGGCGUUAUAGAUGAUGUUGUCAAUAGCGUAAUAGACCAUAUACGCCCAGGUCCUUGUCGCUUGGAUUGGGACAGCUUAAUGACUUCACUGGAUAUUUUGGAGCAUUUUGAAGAGAAUUGCUGUGUGAUGCGUUACACCACUGCUGGUCAGCUUCUGAAUAUAAUUUCCCCGAGAGAGUUUGUUGAUUUCUCCUACACUGUGGGCUAUAAAGAAGGGCUCUUAUCCUGUGGGAUAAGUCUUGACUGGAGUGAAAAGAGACCAGAAUUUGUUCGUGGAUAUAACCAUCCCUGUGGUUGGUUUUGUGUUCCACUUAAAGACAUUCCAAACCAGAGUCUUUUGACAGGCUACAUUCAGACAGAUCUGCGCGGGAUGAUUCCUCAGUCUGCAGUAGAUACGGCCAUGGCAAGCACUUUAAUCAACUUCUAUGGUGAUUUACGAAAAGUCUUAGGAAAGACAUAAUAUGUUUAAACUUGUAGUUCUAUGAUUCCCUGAAUCAACCAUUUCUCUCAGCUGCAUGGCCUGUAAAAAUCAUCCUUUCUUCUCUUCUGCCUAGUCUGUAGAAAAAUUUGAGAUGUUUUUGGUUUAUUGUAUUCCUAAAGUAAAUAGCUAUCUAAGAGAGGGCAUUUCAAUUUUCUUAAACAGUUAUCUGCACAUUGUUUGGCAUGGGAGUGUGUUAGAAAUGGAGAGUAUGACAAAAAUACAUCAGAAGUAGAUACAAUUCUUUGACCCAAACUCUGAAGGAAUUGAAUAGUACCUCAGGAGGAAUAUUUUGGCUGCUUGAAAAUUAGAGAAAGCACAUGCUUCAUUCUGUUAGGUUAAAAUCAUCUAUUUUAGAGCUUUAUGAACAUUUUGUAAAAGUUUUAAUUUUUUUUAGAAGUUAAAUAUUAGCGCUUUACUUUUGGUAUGCUCUGUGAGUUUGCCAAUAUCUUGAACUAAAGAAAAAAUCUCUUCUCUGUAUUUUAUAAAGAUGAAGUUCAUUGUCAAUUGACUUGCACUACUUUAGGUAUUGAAAAGAUCAGAAAUAAGAAUAGAUAUCAUAGUAACUAUAGACACAAUUCAAAUGCAAUUCAAUUUUGAUAACUAGAUAGCACUAUUUUGUUGAUAUCUUUAAAAAUAUAUUUGUAUCUUUAUAUAAAUUUAUUUAAAGAGUCUUAAAAAGCAUUUAUGCAUGAAUAAGACAGUCCAAAAAACUGCCAAAUAUGUGCUGGGGACACCACAUUGAUUGGGCAGUAGUCUGGCUCGUGUGAAAUGGCUGGUGGUAUCCUGUAUUCACUGGUAGAGAAUCAUCUCCUUAAAAGUCAAAUUCAAUGAGUGUUCUGUACGUGUUUCAGUUUUAAAAGUAUCGCCCACCUCAUAAAGUAUUACUAAACUACAUCAUAAACAUUCACAAUUGUGAUGUAACUUCAGUCUGGAGCUAUAACAAAUGCAUUCAUUGAUUUAUCCAAAUGCCCAGAUGAGUCAUUUUAUAACUAGAACGGACUAUAAUUCUAUAAUCCUUGAUUCUCUGGCUGCCUUAAAUGAACAUUCCUAAAUGAUUUAACAUUCCAAGUGAUUUUUUGGCUUUUGAACUAUCCACCUUAUUUAUUUCUAAAAUGAGAACUUGAGGCAACUCCAUGUGUCUGUGCAAAUAUAUUUAUGUUUGUGUGCGUGCACACAUCUUGAAAUCUAAUUCAGCGUUCAAUGUGAGUUCUUUAUGUGUUUCAUACUGUUUCCAUUGUUUCAUUUCUUUUUUUUGUUUGUUUGGUUAAUAUGGGGUCAAGUGAGCACUGGAAAUACUUAUGUGCCAGAUAGGCCACAAAAAGCACAAAAGCAUGAAGGUUUGAUCUGUGUUUUACUUUACUGUGUUUUCCUAAGUGUAAAGAAGCAUAACUCAUUGUUCUUCGGACCCAUUUUGAUAAAGUGGAAAAAGUAGAGCUGGUUUUGUUUUUAUUUAUAUUUUUUUGCUCUUGGAGAUGAUGAGGUUCAAAAAAAAACAAAAGGUGGCAGCACCACAAUAUUCAUGGUGAAUAAUCUCACAGCUUUUAGACUGAAAAUGAUUUGUUUCAAGAUCUGACAGAAGCAAUGCACAAACGAUCCUAUAUUCUUAACUUGAAAUUUAUUUAUCACCAAUAUCCUUUUCUAAAUUGACUGUAACUUUUGAGUUGCUGGAUUUCUCUGCUACUUUUUGUCUUCUUGCAGUAUGGAAAGAAAGCUCAGCAAUUAGCUUUCAGUUUCCCACAGAAAUUGUUAAAUGUUAAUUUUGAAUUCAUCUAUUUUCUUUUUCUUUGGUUUUAUUAGUGUAGAGUAGGAGGUUUCUUAUAUUCCAAUAUUCUGUUUAGGAUGGCAAAAUACCA